UGGGCUCUUCCGAUGUCUGGGGACAGCUGGCCGUCCAUGUGGGAGAAACGUCCCAUCGGACCCUCAUGCCGCACACCAAAACUUCAUUCUGAGCAUUCCGGGCGACUGAAGACCUAACGAAGACAAGCAAAGCUCUGAAGCCUGUGGAACCGAAUCUAGAAUAGAGUCAUGACCUCAGGCUUUGGAAGGGCUUCCUGAGAGUUACGAUAUCCACGCGGGGAAAGACCGGUGGGUUCCGCGACACUAAAACUGAGACCUGGUCAUCAAGCACCACCUUCCAGGGUGAAGAGACGGCUGCAGAGGAAUGGUGCCCUUGAAGUACAAAGAACUCAUGCGGAUCUGUAAGAAAAAUACAAACAAUCUAAGGAGAAAUGGGCAACAGGCACGUCACCAAGGAGGGAUCAGAAUGUCCUGAGAGCACGUGCAAAGGUGCUGUGCCUUGACUAGCAGUCAGAGAGCUGUAAAUAAACUCGGAGCUCACGGCCCGUGGGGGUGAGGGGCAGACUUCCAGCAGGAAACCGCACAGACAUGACUUAGUCACACCCGGGAGAAGGGCUGAGCGAAGGGAUCUCUGCCCGUGACAUUCCCAGAGAGCACAGGAAAGUGACCGGUAAGCCUCGAAGAAUGUGUCUACAUUUAGAGGCUCACAGGCCUGGGACCUGGCGGGAGCACUGGCUGCCCCAUCUCAGAGGCUCGGGGCUGAGAUUCAAGUGCCCUGGGUUAUAUUAUACAGUUGUCAAGUGACAGGGCUGAAGCUUCGUCCAGGAUUCAAAUGUUCUUUCAAAAAAAAAAAAAAAAAAGGAAAGGAAAAAGAACACAAAUACAUAUUUUCAUGUCUGCAUCACUUGUAUACAGAAGGCGAGAGCGGCGGAACGGUGGCUGGAAAGUGGGGCUGCUUUCUGAGCACCCGAGGUGACAAGUGCCAUCUCCAAAGCCCCGCGGGCCAAGGGCGAGCCACCUGACCCCUGAGAAGCACCCGGCCCUGGUGUUUUCGGAAAUUAAAAUGUGCACGUCGGUUGGCUGUCCAGGGCGGGUGGGGCCCGCGCCUGCCAGAGAAGAAUGUGCGCUGUUUGGUUUAAUCCUGGGAACAGCACAGGGGCCCCGCAGCGAGGGGCAGCGAGGGGUUCCACAGGUGUGUUUUUCCAAACCGAAAGGGAGGGCGCUGCUCUCCCCGUUUCUGUGUCACAGACCGCGGGCUCUGCCUCCCCCACCACGGGCAGGCAGGGGCCAGGGCCCUAGACCACCUCCCUGGUCCCCAGCUGCAGCGGCUGGGGGGAGGGGAAGCGGGUUCUCCGCAGGUACAGCGACACACUGCCCCCUUCAGGCGAGGGCCCCUGGGAGGGCAAGUGCCGGUCCCGAGAGGCUCGCAACCCCGACCUCCGAGGGGCCGGACAUGAGGACAGACAAGGGACGGCCAGGCCUGGCCGGGCCCGGGGCGGAGCCCACAGGGCAGCUCAUCCGGACCCCGGGCUCCCGGGAGGGCCGGACCCUGGGGAGGAGAGGGCUGCGCCCUGCUCCCGGCGACAGUGAAGUCAUACUUCCAUUAAGACCGUCCCAGUUCUCCGAUGCUUUAAUUCCUUGGCCGCCUUUGCCUGGUCUAGGCCAGAAUCUGGGCCUCAGUUUUCAGGGCAGAACAAUUGUGUUUUCUAGGAAAAUGGGAGGUCUGGGAUGGCGAGCAGAGCCUCUGGCUUGGCGACCAGCACAGCUGGCCAUGCGGGCUGCCAAGGCUCACCCUCCCCCCAGAGGACGGAACCCAGCAGUGCAGCAGCUCCCUUCCCGGCCAGCAGCCCUGCUCAGGAGGGCGAUUUAAAGUUCCUUUAAAAAAAAAUACGGGCACAGAAAAAAGACUGGAAGGAAAUACACCAAAAUGCUAGCUGUGUCCGUGUUUGGGUGAAGAGACGGGUGGGCGAUUUCCGUCUCCUAACUUCUUGUGUCCGUGUGUCUUACUCUGGGCGUGCGGCGCGUUCCCCACGGCGGGAGGCGGCAAUUUGUGGGUGUCCCUGCGUGCGUGCCCUGCCCUCCCUCCCCCGGCCCCGCACUCCCCAUCCUCCACCCGGAGCCCCAACCGGCCACACGCGUGCCCGAGGCCUUCGGUCCCCGCCGCACACCAGGUCUUGUGUCCUUUGACCCCACGCAGCCCCCUCACCCACACGGCCAGGCCGGCUGAGCCCCGACUCGGGGGCAUGCCUGGCUCCCCCGAGAUGCGGGAGGGGGCUCCCAUCUCCCCAUCUGAUGCUCGGGUAUGACCUCGUUCUACUGCCCCAGCAGCCCCAUGGGAGAUCACAGCUCCCAUCUCUGUAUCUAGAUGAGCAGGAAGGUUCUGAGAGGCUACAAAUUGUGCCUCAGGUCACGCAGACCAGGCCGGGCCUCCAGCACCAAGUCGGAGUCCAGCCCCUCCCCUUCCCCCAGCACUCCACCCCCGCCCGCCCUCUGCCCUCCACCCCGGGGAGAAUCUGCCUGGUAAAGUCACCCGCCCUGCCUCGUGACUGAUUAAAAUCCUGCAUAAUCUCCCAGGUGUAACCCAAGUCCUCGGUCCCCAAAGCUCUCCCGCCCCCGCCCCUGCACGGGCCCUCAGGUCUGGGCCAGGACCUCGCCUGUCACCUCCCGUCUUCCCUCCAGGCCUCAGGCACAGGCGUGUUGUUCCCGGGGCGGCUUGUCCCACAGGGGUAGACACAAGCUGCCCCUGUCCUUCCCCAGUCCAAGCCCCCCUCCCUACCCCCCUCCCCUGAAAUCCACCCCCCCCCCCCCCGGCGGAUUUGCCAAAGCCCUGUAGAUCUACACCGUGAACGCACACCCCCUCCCCAGGGCAUCCGGACAGCUGCAGCCAGGCCCUGCGUGACAUCGCUGAGCCGCGGCCCCGGGCCUGUGCCAGCUGCCUGUGCCCGGCUCACAGACCCCGAGCCAGCACGGCCGUGCCGCCACCUGUGUCUCCACUCAGAGGCGAGAAGUAAGGGACAUGGGCAGAAAGUGUAAAAGCCGUUCCCACAACAGCUGCCAGGAACGGGCGAGGAGCGGAGCGAAAAUGUAUAUUCACAGCUGGCACCCGGUCCCGCUAGGAAAAUACCUUGCUUGAGUGGACACCUGUUGUUUUCGCCUGCCCGGCAGCCAGGCCCGGCUUUGGGAACAGCUUCUCGAAUCUUCCCUUAGGGAGCGGCCCCUUCCCCGCUCCCAGGUGCCCACUGGCUGUCCCCAGAGGGGGCCUGUGGCCCAGGUCUUGGCCUUCAGAGGCAGGCCUGAGGAUGGCCUGUACCCUGGCUCUCGUUGGGCCCAGACUCUGGCAGGAAGCACGGGGAAAGAGACGGCCUCUGUCUGCUGGGUGUGCUGAGCUGGCGGCCAUCUUGUCCCCCUGGGAAGCGGCUGCCUGAGGCCAACCCGUCCCAGGGGCCAGAGCACAGAGGGAGCAGGGCGGGUGGGGGAGAGUGGGAACGAGCAAGGCCGAUCAUCCCAGCCCCGGGGUCCAGCUGUGUCUGAAACAGCUGGGUCCAGAUGUACGAGCCAAAAAAUGUCCCUUUUGUGCUUCAGCUCGGUUGAGUUUGGGGUUCCAUCGUUUGUUACCGAGACAGUCCUCAGGAAUGUGUGUGACCGACAGGGGUGAGGCGUGGGCCCCAAGGGAUGGAUCUGGGGAGUCCAGAUCACAGGAGAACUUGGGAGGCCCUGGGCAGAGGGGAUGAAGGCGGGCCUGGGGACCCCUUGGGAAGGGGCUCCCGCAAGCUGGUGGCUGGCUUUCUCCCGCUGGGGUGCGAGCCCCGUCUCUCCACCCCUUCGGUGGGAGAGGACGGGUGUCCCUGACGGUGGAACGGGCCGGGUUUCCCGUCCAGUCGAGGACACGUGCGUGGACGUGUCACAGCGGCGGUGUGGGAGACGGGGGCGGCCUUGGCAGCCCCGGCCAGCCCCGGGGACCCCGGGCUUCCCACGGGCCCGGCGUGGAGGGCGCCGAGGACCCUCCCCAGCGGCCCCCCUCCCCGCAGAGCCUGCAGGCCCCAGCACACUCAGCUCCGACGGGGACCAGAGACGUCUGUGCGCCCGAGGGUGGGGUCUGCAGAGCGGGGGCGCCGGGGAGGCCAGGCCAGGGUCGGCAGAAAGGGAGCAGCACCGCCGCCCACACGACCCUGCGACCCUCUGGGGUCUCCGUGCUCCGGGAAGUCACUGUCCGAGCCUCCCCAGACACGGUUUCAGGGGGACGGUUCCCGGCAGCGAGAGCGGCCCCGGGAAACGUUAAUAUACAAUGGAAUCUGGGCUGAGCACUGUCUUCUCCAAGAGUUGAGCUCACAGGACAUUCCCAAGAAACCUCUGGAGAGGUGGGGAGGAAAGUUUCUGGAGGUCUUUGGAUGAAGAAAACAAAAAAGUGGCCUUGAUUUUCAAGGCAAAAUUACAGAGGGAGAAAAAAAUGUUUUUAAUCUAAUUAAGAGCGAUGUUUUCACCUUCCUCACCACAGCACGGAAACAUGCCAGCUCCUCACUUCACACAAUAAUCACGGCAAUUAGUGAGGGAGAAGCCUUGGAAGCCGGUGCAGAUGUUCUCAGAAUGUUUAAUGGGGAAAUGAGUUGCAGGCCUCGUUCUCAGCAUCCGGCUCCAGGCCCUGGCUACCAAGUCCAGACAUCUGCUCGGGCCCCACCCCCAGGCCCCGAGGGCGCGGGCUUGAGAAACACGAGUCCCUUCCCAGGCCGCCUCCCAGCCAGGCCAGAGCUGGGGCCGAGAGGCUCCCCACGGCUCCCCAGGCCGGAGCCUGGACAGUCAGAGGCACCCCAGAGCCGGGGGUGGGGGGGGUGGGGGGCCCCAUGUCAAAAUCAUGUUAACAACCCAUGUCAGAAACCAUCAACUCGGCCCGGCUCCCCCACCCCGACCCCGCUGGCUGCAGGAGGGCUGGGGGGACUGGGAGAGGGCAAGGGGGCCCCGAGGGGAGCGCAGCCACGCACCCCACCUCGGGGCACGGAAAGGCACGGGGGCGUCGGGCCGGCACGGCCGCACGGGCCCCCUUCCGACGCUGCCGGCCUCUUGGCGGGCCCAGGAGUCAAAGUGGUCAAGCGUGAGGAACUUCCAGUCAUUGGAGAAAACGUGGAGAAGCGAGGAAGACGCUUCCUUGAGGACCAGUCGGUUCCAGAUGGCGAGGGGCACGUGGCUGGCCUCAUCUGGCUGCGGGAGCGACUCAGCCCCGUGUGGGUCGGGCGGCCCAACCAAGCCUCCCAGAGGGGACACGGCGGCAAAUGCCACACGGCCCCUGCUCCCCGGGACGCUUGGGCGGCGCCAGGCCCCGCCCGUGCGCCCACAGCACGCCCGUUCCAGACCCGCCAAACCUGCCACAUGCUUUUGCGAGCACCGUCUCUGACCCUGGGGCCCGCUCGGCCGCACACGGGCUGGGCCAGAGGCGGCGAGGGGCAGCCCCCCGGCAGGCAGACAGACACCCCGGCCACCUUAGCCGCUGGUGGGGGCAGCUCUGGGUGCUCUGUGCAGCUCCCCGGCCGCCCACCACGGAGCUCUCCUCAAUAAGCGUCCUGCGUGAGGGUUCCUGAAUCGGGCUCUGUAUCCAGUGGAACUGACCCAAGACACUGUGGCAGGAAGCCACCGGAGCAUUUUAAGCAGGACAGCGGCAAGGUCCACUUCAUGUUUAAGGAAUUCCCUCGGGUCGCUGUGUGAAGAAUGGGGGGGGGCGGGUGGGAGGCAGGGCCGGAGUCGGAGUGACCGGCGAAGGGGGCAGGGCAGCAGCCUGGACCAGGAGGGUGGCCGGAGAGGAGACGAGGCACGGGGUGGGCACGGCCCAGGAAGUUGACAAGACGCGGUGACGGGUCGGACAGACGCCCUAAGAAGGAGGCACGGGUCCGGACGACCUCCGGCCAGGUCUGCGGAGCAGAGGCUCCCUGCUCCCUUCAGGCCUCUGAACCGACCCUCUGCCGGGACACGGGACCAAGACGUGCCGAUGAGAGCAGACCCGAGUGUGCCUCCAGCCGCGCCAGGAGUCCGCGCACGAGGGCCUCGGGUCUCCUGCGGGUGGACAGACGAACCCGCCUCGAGCGGUGCUCCCGCCGUCGCGAGCCUGUGGACGCAGAGGCGGGAGGUGAAGGCUAAGGCGCUCAGUCAAGAACGGGAACGUUGAGAGGCCUCGGCAAGGAGAGAGGAGUGUGUACCUUCAAGGACCCUUCCCUUCGGAGGCCUUGGAAAGUCAAGCAAAACCUGCCAGAAUCAACGUGGCAGAGUCACAGAAGGCGGCGACUUGGAAGUGGGCGGGACGAACCGUGGCGUUUCCACCUGCCCUUGCCAACCUCCCCCCACCCCGCCCCCGGCUCGGUGGCAUCUUGAGGGCAAGUUCACAUUCCCAGUGUCGGGGGCCCUGAUCCUCGGUUCUGGAAGGAGCAGAGUAGUGAAAGUGGGCGGAGGGAGCCCAGCAACUUUCAGCCACUGGGACAGGUUCCAGUUGAGGGACACAACAGAGCAUAGAAAGCCUGGGGGCAAAGCUGGACAAAACAGUGUCUUUUGGAAAUCAGGCCGCUCAGAAAGCACCGUGUCUACUGAGAGAUUGAGAAAAUCCAAGCUCGCGCCCAGGGCAGGACGCAUGCUUUGGAGAGUCCCGAGAACAUGCCAAGCUUUCGCCGCCGGCUGAGCUCUGUGCUCGCCCCAAACAAGAGGUGAAGGCUAAGGCAGAGUUGAAGAGCCUGGACUUUGGACGCAGAAGUACCCCCGCACAAAGCAAACCUGCAAAGAUGGGAAGAGUCUUUUAUUUCUCCCUGUCCCCAGUUCUCCCUCUGUUUUUCUGACCCCUGGAAACCAAGGAAAAGCUUUGUGAAAACACAAACUGGGCACGAACCAAAGGAACUUCAGAGACCAAACACAACAGAGUUUACAGAUCUCACAAAAAUGCGUUAGAAGUCACUAAGCAGCUACAGCCCACGGCAAAAAAAAAAAAAAAAAAAAAAAGUCUUAAGGGAAA